AUGCGAGCAUCUCGGUAUAAACUUAGCCGCAAGAGUGGCCAUCGUGUGGCCAUGUUGAGAAACAUGGAACAUCAUUUAACAGUUCCCAAACUUUUUGGUGAAAUGGCAGAAAGAUAUAAAGAUCGUGAAGGUGGUUACACUCGUAUUCAUAAAUUAGGUUAUCGAGUAUGGGAUAAUGCCGCUAUGGCAAUUUUAGAAUUUGUGGAUGCUCCCGGUGAUUUAAAAUAUGAUAUGUUAAUAAAAAGAUUGGCUCAAAUGGAACUUGACCCUUCCUUAAGAGUUCCCACCACCUUCAUAGAACAAGGUCAAACCCCCUUAAGAUUUAAACGUGAAUUUAAGAAAUGGUUAAAAAGAUUGAAUGGUCAAAGGAAAUUUGAAAAGGAUGUUGAAAGAAUGAUGAAAUCUAAAAAGAUGUCUCCUCGUGAUUUAGAUAGUGCUAUCUUAAAUGAAAUUAAUAAUUUAAGAGCCGUAGAACAAGAAAAAUUGGAAUCUUAUACGAGAUAUAAACUUAGAAGAAAAGGUGGUUAUAUGUCUUAUGAAAAUAUGGACAGUCAAUAA